GGGGACGAGCGGGCAGCGGCGGCCGGACGGUCGGCGGCAGCGGGAGCGGAGCCGGACUGUCGCGCGGCCGCCGGCGAUGCCGCGGCCCGGGGCCCGGCUGUAGCGGGGCCGGCGGAGCGCGGCGGGCGGGCGCCAUGGAGGUGGUGGACGAGACGGAGGCGCUGCAGCGCUUCUUCGAAGGCCACGACCUCAGCGGGGCCCUGGAGCCCUCCAACCUGGACACCAGCAUCCUGGAGGAGUACAUCAGCAAGGAGGACGCCUCCGACCUCUGCUUCCCCGACAUCUCUGCUCCAGCCAGCGCCGCCUCCUACGCCCACGGGCAGCCGGCCAUCCCAGGCUCCAGCGGGGUCCUCCACCUGAGCCCACCUGGGGGUGGACCCUCCCCGGGGCGCCACGGCCCCCUCCCUCCCCCGAGCUACAGCGCCCCGCUCAACUGCAACAACAACAAUGGCAUGGGCGCCGCUCCCAAGCCCUUCCUGGGGGGCUCUGGGCCCCCCAUCAAGGCAGAGCCCAAGGCCCCCUAUGCCCCAGGCACCCUGCCUGACUCCCCCCCAGACUCGGGCUCCGAGGCCUACUCGCCCCCGCAGGUGAACGACCCUCACCUCCUGCGCACCAUCACCCCUGAGACCCUGUGCCACAUGGGAGGGCCCUCCCGCCUGGAGCACCUGCCCCCACCCCCAGCCCACCUGCCGGGCCCCCCACCGCCCCCGCCUCCCCCACCUCACUACCCCGUCCUACAGCGGGACCUGUACAUGAAGGCGGAGCCCCCGAUGCCCCCCUACGCUGCCAUGGGGCAGGGGCUGGUGCCCCCCGACCUGCACCACACCCAGCAGUCCCAGAUGCUGCACCAGCUGCUGCAGCAACACGGAGCUGAGCUCCCCACGCACCCCUCCAAGAAGAGGAAGCACUCCGAAUCGCCCCCCAACACCCUCAACGCCCAGAUGCUGAACGGGAUGAUCAAGCAGGAGCCUGGCACUGGGACAGCCCUGCCCGCACACCCGCCUCGAGCCCCCUCCCCGCCCUGGCCCCCCCAGGGCCCCCUCUCCCCAGGCCCUGGCUCCUUGCCCCUCAGCAUCGCCCGGGUCCAGACACCGCCUUGGCACCCGCCAGGCGCCCCCUCGCCAGGUCUCCUGCAGGACAAUGACAGCCUCAGUGGCUCCUACCUGGACCCCAACUACCAGUCCAUCAAGUGGCAACCACAUCAGCAGAACAAGUGGGCGACACUCUACGAUGCCAACUACAAGGAGCUGCCCAUGCUCACCUACCGCGUGGACGCCGACAAGGGCUUCAACUUCUCGGUGGGCGACGACGCGUUCGUGUGCCAGAAGAAGAACCACUUCCAGGUGACGGUGUACAUCGGCAUGCUGGGCGAGCCCAAGUUCGUGAAGACGCCCGAGGGCCUCAAGCCCCUGGACUGCUUCUACCUGAAGCUGCACGGCGUGAAGCUAGAGGCCCUGAACCAGUCCAUCAACAUCGAGCAGUCUCAGUCGGAUCGCAGCAAGCGGCCCUUCAACCCUGUCACGGUCAGCCUGCCCCCUGAGCAGGUCACGAAGGUGACCGUGGGGCGCCUGCACUUCAGCGAGACCACCGCCAACAACAUGCGCAAGAAGGGCAAGCCCAACCCCGACCAGAGGUACUUCAUGCUGGUGGUGGCCCUCCAGGCCCACGCACAGAAUCAGAACUACACGCUGGCCGCCCAGAUCUCGGAGCGCAUCAUCGUGCGGGCCUCCAACCCAGGCCAGUUUGAGAGCGACAGUGACGUGCUGUGGCAGCGGGCACAGGUGCCUGACACAGUCUUCCACCACGGCCGUGUGGGCAUCAACACAGACCGUCCCGAUGAGGCGCUGGUCGUGCACGGCAACGUCAAGGUCAUGGGCUCACUCAUGCACCCGUCGGACCUCCGCGCCAAGGAGCACGUGCAGGAGGUGGACACCACAGAGCAGCUGAAGAGGAUCUCGCGCAUGCGCCUGGUGCACUACAGAUACAAGCCCGAGUUCGCCGCCAGCGCGGGCAUCGAGGCCUCGGCGCCCGAGACGGGUGUCAUCGCCCAGGAGGUGAAGGAGGUGCUGCCCGAGGCCGUGAAGGACGCGGGCGCCGUGGUCUUCGCCAACGGGAAGACCAUCGAGAACUUCUUGGUGGUGAACAAGGAGCGCAUCUUCAUGGAGAACGUGGGGGCCGUGAAGGAGCUGUGCAAGCUGACCGACAACCUGGAGACGCGCAUCGACGAGCUGGAGCGCUGGAGCCACAAGCUGGCCAAACUGCGGCGCCUGGACAGCUUCAAGUCCACCGGCAGCUCCGGCGCCUUCAGCCACACAGGGAGCCAGUUCAGCCGGGCAGGCAGCGUCCCCCACAAGAAGAGGCCCCCCAAGGUGGCCAGCAAGGCGCCGUCUGUGGUCCCAGAGCAGGCCUGCGUCAGCCAGCGCUUCCUGCAGGGGACCAUCAUCGCCCUGGUGGUGGUCAUGGCCUUCAGCGUGGUGUCCAUGUCCACGCUGUAUGUGCUGAGCCUGCGCACCGAGGAGGACCUGGUAGAGACGGAUGGCUCUUUUGCCGUGUCCACUUCCUGUCUUCUGGCCCUGCUCCGGCCCCAGCACCCGGGGGGGAGUGAGGCCAUGUGCCCAUGCAGGGCCAGCCAGAGCUUUGGGACCACUCAGCUCCGACAGUCGCCCGUGCCCACCGGGCUGCCAGGCACACGGCCCUCUCUGCUGCUGGUUACCACGGGCCUGACCCACUCAGCCCCAGGACCAGCCAUCCGCACCUUAGACCUGUGCUCCAGCCCGCCCUGCCCCGUCGUCUGCUGCUCCUCGCCCACGCCCGGCCCUGCCACUCACCCUAGUCUUGGCCCCAGCUUUGACCCCAGCCAUGGCCGCACCCCCAGUCCCAGUCCCUCCACCAACCACUCAGACCCCAGCCAGAUGGCCCCGCUGCCCGGCACCAACAUCAGAGCCAAGUCCUGGGGCCUGGCAGCCAAUGGCAUCGGCCACUCCAAGCACUCAAAGAGCUUGGAGCCCGUGGCCAGUCCUUCAGUCCCCUUCCUGGGGGGGCAGGGCAAAACCAAGAACAGCCCCAGCCUCCGAAUUCAUGGCCGGGCCCGCCGAGGGCUCCCCCCGCCCACUCAGCCCUGGGGCCAAGCAGACGCGGCGCCCGCCCUCACCUCCAUCCAGCUGCUGGAGAACUCGAUGCCCAUCACCGCCCAGUACUGUGCUCCAGGGGGUGCCUGCAGGCCUGGGAACUUCACCUACCACAUCCCUGUCAGCGGCAGCACCCCCCUGCACCUCAGCCUGACCCUGCAGAUGAACUCCUCGUCCCCCGUGUCCGUGGCGCUGUGCAGCCUGAGGUCGGAGGAGCCGUGCGAGGAGGGGGGAUUUCCACAGAGCCUCCCCACCCACCAGGACACCCAGGGCACUUCUCACCAGUGGCCAGUGACCAUCCUGUCCUCCCGUGACUUCACCUACCACUUCCAGGUGGCACUGCUGGGCCAGGCCAACUGCAGCGCGGAGGCCCCCGUCCAGCUGGCCACGGACUACUACUUCCGCUUCUACCGCCUGUGCCACUGAGCUGCCCCCCGAGGCCUCGCCCACACCAGGGCCGGCCCCGGGCGCCCCCACACUGGAUGCAGUUGUUACACUGGAGCCUGUGCUGCCAGCUCGCCACCCGCGGGCACUGCCCCGACGGAGCUGGGCCCGGCCUCCGCCGGGGACACUGUAGUCUCACACUGGAGCUGCUGCUCUUGCUGGUCACGCCUGGCUGCCACCGUGGGGCCCUCUGUGCAGACAUGGCACGGGAGGGCUGGCUUCCGGGCCCUGGGGCAGGGGGAGCCCGGGGCUCUGCCCGGAGCCCACCCUCGCUGCUCCCCACCUGAGGCCGGGAGCUCCCUUUGGCCUAGGAGGGCCGGCCUGCCUUUGAGAUGGGCGGCUACAGUCGACUUGACUGGGACCCUGCACCAGUGAGGGCAGGCAGCCCUCACCCUCGAAGCUGCUCCCCAAAGGGUGGCCAGGAGGUGGACUUUUGGGGUUUGACUGUUACACUGGGUGCAGAGGUCUCUUCUCCCUGAGCUUGGCUCCGAGCCUCCCGGGGCAGCUGCAGCUGAGUGCCAGGUACACUUAGUGUCUGGCCGAGCCAGUGGGCCGGGUAAGCCUCGGAGCCUUGACCCUGGAGUGUCCUGGAAGUGCCUGUGAGGUGCCGGCGGCGCAGGCCCGGGCCCCUGGGCGCUGCAGGCUCACCGUGGGGUCACGGGCCCAUCACUCUCUGGCAGAAGAGCAGGAA